AUGCGUACCGUGGGGUGUGCCGAUAUGCCCAGAAACCCAACUGAGAGCCUCAACUGGAAGCCUCACCACCGCCGCCCAAGGUUGAUAGCUGGUACCAAAGCUUUACUGCGCCAGCCAAGCCCAAAGACAACGCCCCGAGAAGGCAGCCGACUUCUGCGUGAUGCCAAGAAUGCCACGGCAGAGCCAAGCACCGAGGCAGCCUCUCCUGUGGUGGAAAUGAAGGCUGCUUCAUCCGCUGAAGCUGCAGCAGGAGGGAGUGAAUUAAUUAUGGAGCCGGCUUCGCAUGGCCUCACUCGUUUUCGGCUAGCGCCCAGAGACUUGGCUUCAGCACCAGAAUGGGAGCCUCAAACGAACUACGACAACCUGUGGGAGGUCAGGAACACUUCAGAUGCUGCCAAUCUACUGGCUGGGUGCCCCAUGGAUACCAUCAUCGCCUGCAGCUUUCAUCGGGCAUAUGCCGAACAUGGCUCAGCACAAGAUCGUGCGAUGCGGCAGUUGGCUGAAGCGAAACCUGCAGGGAUGGCAUUUGCAACAGUGGAUCUGAUCCAGGCUGCAGAUGUGGCGGACUGGGCCACCGUGAAGGAUCCGGAGGUGCGGUUGCUGCAGCCCGAUGGCACGCUGCUGGAGCGCUUCCUGCCAGCAGCUGUGGCCAGCGGCCAACUGCACCGUGUGGCCAUGGUGAAAGCACAGGAGUUGGCCAAUGAGGGUAUCAAAAAGUUGGAGCUGCUGGCUCUGAAGUUUCCAGGUGCUUUGCAUGACGAGCUGGGAAUGGCAGUGGCCAAAGAUAGCCUAGAGAAGAUGAAAAGCGCUGCCUUGGAAUUGGUCGGGGAUGAGGUUGACAUGUUGGAUCAACUCUGCCAAUGUGUCUCUUCAGCUUCAGUGCCUAGAGCCAGGCAUGUGGCAAACCUGGCCAGGGUCAUUCGGAAAGCUGGAGGAGCAGCGAAAGUUGUGCCGCUCUUGGACCUGAGCCGCAGAUUGGCCAGUGCAAAGCUGCUGGGAGGGGCGGAGCCAGGAGCCAUCGAGGCUUUGGAGCGUUUGCUGAAUGCCAUCCUGCUGAAGUUUGAGACGGCGGAGCCAGGUGCUCCCUUCAUGCUGGCCUUGCAAUUCGUGAGCAACUGCUUCCACCAGUUAGGGGAAGGUCUGCUGCCGCUGGUGGUUGAGCUGAUGUCGCUGCCACUGUGGCGGGCUCUGUGGCAGUCAGGAUCCGACAAGUGGCUGGACCGUUGCCGUGAUGCGGCUGCCCAGCUGCUGCUCAACGGCUCGGUGGUGCUGCGCGGGGCCAGGUUGCGGGCCAGCCAUCGGCCGCUGCUGACGCAAGGCCUGGUGGCCCUCAAGACGAUGUCGCAGGAUGAACGGGUGAACUGGGCCGUGGGGAAUCUGCUGGCCAUGGGCGGUGGCACAGACGAUGCCAAAGAAACUCUGCAGGCACAGCCACUGAGGUCCCUGAGGAUGCUGGCAGCUGCCAUCUUCAAUGGACAGUUGGAUGGUCCGGAAGGUGUAGCUUUCCCAGCUGCCUGGCAUCCACCAGAGGAUGGCACACAGCGGGAUGGCAACGUUGAACGGAGACGACCGCGCGCGCCCAUUCCAGGGAGGCAUCGCAGGCGCUCUGGUGGCUGA